AAGACAAUGUGUUGAGUGAGCAUCCUGGGAAGAAGGAGUUUUAACCAAGCCAUCACACUUGCACUGAUAUUUAGAUGCCAUGAACAGAUCAGCAGCACAUGUAACUGAAUUUGUUCUCUUGGGAUUUCCUGGUUCCUGGAAGAUACAGAUUUUCCUCUUCGUGUUGUUUUUGGUGUUUUAUGUCUUGACCUUGUUGGGAAACGGAGCCAUCAUCUGUGCAGUAAGAUGUGACUCCCGUCUACAUACCCCCAUGUACUUCCUCCUGGGAAAUUUUGCCUUUCUUGAAAUCUGGUAUGUUUCCUCCACUACUCCUAACACACUAGCCAACAUUCUGUCUAAGACCAAGACCAUCUCCUUUUCAGGGUGCUUCCUGCAGUUUUAUUUCUUCUUUUCACUGGGUACAACUGAAUGUUUCCUUCUGACAGUAAUGGCUUAUGAUAGGUACCUGGCCAUUUGCCGCCCAUUACAUUACCCUACCAUCAUGACUAGGAGGCUUUGUUGCAUUCUGGUAUCCUCAUGCUGGCUCAUUGGAUUCCUUGGGUACCCAAUCCCUGUGUUCUCCAUCUCCCAACUUCCCUUCUGUGGUUCUAAUAUCAUUGAUCACUUCCUCUGUGACAUGGACCCAUUGAUGGCUUUGUCCUGUGUCCCAGCUCCUAUUACCAAAUUANUNCUUUAUGUCCAAAAUUCNNUUUNNCUNUUUUUCACUAUUGCAUANAUUCUUCGGUCCUAUAUUUUGUUGCUCAAGGCUAUUUUUCAGGUUCCUUCUGCAGCUGGCCGACGUAAGGCCUUCUCUACCUGUGGUUCCCAUUUAGUUGUGGUGUCACUCUUCUAUGGGACAGUAAUGAUAAUGUACAUGAGUCCUACAUAUGGCAUUUCAACUUUGAUGCAGAAGAUCCUUACACUUGUAUACUCUGUAAUGACUCCUUUCUUUAAUCCUCUGAUUUAUAGCCUUCGUAACAAGGACAUGAAACUUGCUCUGAGGAAAGUUCUGUUAGGAAUGAGAAUUGUCAAAAAUAUAUGA